AUGCUUACAAGUCUCUUUUUUAUUAACAGCAGGAGCAGAUAUAAACCAGGAAUUAUAAGCAAAGUCUAUGACAGUCAUAUUAUCAAUAUUUACGUCAGUGGCUCUUCAAAACAAAACAUAAAUGGAAGUUUGCAAUUAACUAAACCAGAAUACUCGAUUUAUCCAUGGGAUAAGAGAUAUGACUGGUGUUCUAAUUGUUAUCGCAGCUAUGAUGAGCAUCCUUAUAUUACUUAUAACCUACAGCACAAAAAAUUUAAAAUCAACGGAUAUUUCAUUCGUUGUGGGUGCUGUUACAAUGGUUGUUGCUGCGAAGGCGAAGAUUUUGGAUGCCCUGACUGUUGUCUGUUCUCUUGGUCCUUGCAGAUCUCCGAUGACAACAAAACUUGGACUGAUAUUCACAAAGUUGAAAGAGAUUACGACAUGAGAUAUUGCAACGAGAAAGAAUACAACUUGGAUAAGUACUACACAGGAAGAUAUCUCAGAAUAAUACAGAACGAGGCAUGCCCUGGAAAUCCUCCUUGUAUUGCACUCAAUAAAUUGGAAUUUUUCGGUGAAGUUUUGAAUGAUGAUUAUUCACAAGUCGAAGAAGAUUUUGUUUCCUACCAUGACGAUGACGACGAUGUUAGUAUCAUUGGUCACAUUUCAAAGAACAAUGCCGCUUAA